AUGGCUGUUUUAACAGUGUUUUGCGCUGUCGGCGGAGUUAUUUACGUUACGGGAUUUGGAAAACAAAUUCAUGAAGCUGUAAACAAAUUUAUAAGACCUCAUCAGGAAGAUAAACUAGCAAGGAGAAGGUAUGAACGAAAAAUUUCGUCUCACGUGCUCUCAACGCUUAGUUAUUCACGGUACAUACUUAAUUUCGUGUUUAACAGAUUUAAUUGAUUUGUUUUGGCUACCAAUAAUUGUAGUCGAGUGAGUUCACGGGUCUCUAUGGUUAAAGGUAGCCAUUACUGAUCGUAAUACAUUUUGUAACGCCAGAACUCUCCUCUUGUGUUUAUCUGACUUAUACUUUAAGAAUUUUGUUUCGCAGAUGUGUUAUUCAGAAUAUGAAAGCAAUUAAAGUGCUAGUUAUAGCAGCUGAGUUCUUGUCAAAAGCAUUUUUCGUUUGCACUUACAUAAGUUUGUCAGAUCUGAGUUCGAAUCUGAGAACUACAGCUAUGUUUUUAGUAUUUCUCCAAUUUCGUAUGCUUACCCUGAGGCCAUAGGUUUGGUGCAUCUAUGUCAUUUUAAACCAAGCGAUCAUAGUGUCUUUGUAUUUAAUUGUAAAUUGACUCUUACUUCUCAGCGGCUCAGCAGGUCUCGAAGGAUAUUAAUGACGAACGAAACAAUAUAGUCACCAUAAGAGCCGUAUAAACGUCAAAACUGAAAGCAGCUUGCUUUAAAACGUUUACCUCUAAAUAAACUAAAAAUGCUCGAAAUAAAAGUUGUGAUUUGCCGCUGCGAUCACGCUCGGAUAUCCAAACUGAAACUUGGAAUUAACCAAUACGUAGUCCAAGUGUUUCCUGGAAUUUUACCCCAUCCACAUGAAUAACUUUCUUACUGGUUUUGCUAAUUCCAAAUGCCGGUAUAGAGUCGAAAAGCCUUAAUUGAAAGAAAGAGGUCGAUUUUCGUAUGUAGUGCUUUCAGUUGUCGUAGUCUAUCGACUAGGGGUCCAAUUUCGAAUUUUGACAGAACGUUUUCUAUGCUGACCUGUUAAGCGCCAUUUCAGUAACUUUUGUUUGUGUUUGUGUUUUUCCUUUUUUUUAGAGUGGUCUAAAAUGCUCAGAAUUGAGUGACAGACCUAAAUCUUAAAUGUAAUUGUAAAUGUAAUUCUCCAGUGAAUAACGAUUUCGGUCCUACAGCCAAAUUUUUAGUUGGAAGACUAUUUAUCCACAACCAUUACAAUAUCAGUUCACUCAAGUGGCAUUUCGCGCCGGGAUUUUCUCAUAUCCUUAUGAAAACUGAUCAGAGCUCAAGGACUUCAAGGGCGUGCUAUUAUUUCUGACGACUAGGCAUAGAUUCUAGCGGUCCAACUUUAAAUCUUGACAGGACUUUUUAUUGUCGUUACCUAUCAAAAUAUUGAAACUGGAUCUUUGCUAGCAAACAUUCUGUAUCAAACAACGCUGUAAAAAUCAAAAUCCUUAUACUCGAGAGAUAAUCAGCCAUAGAAGAACGACAGUUAAAUUAUAUGCAUGUCUUUUUUCACUUUGCAGUGAGCCAGCAGGAGCACCAUCAGAUCCUCUUAGGUUCAAAACCGCAGCUGUUGCGGCAGACUACAAGACGUGUUCAGAAGACGGCGCUAACAUUUUAAAAGAGAAAGGCGGUAACGCGGUUGAUGCCGCAAUUGCCACUGCCUUGUGCGUUGGCGUGGUGAACACUCACUCAGCAGGCAUCGGCGGUGGAGGAUUCAUGAUCAUUUAUAACAAGACAACUGGUAUGUUUCCAACGCAAUUCAUAAAAGGUCGAUCCAAAUCGUUGUCAUAAAAGACUAGUAUACACGGUAUAGCGCUUGACUGCAGCGCAAGAGGUCGAGGGUUCGAUUCCCGUGGCCAGGGGCUCGUUUCUCGAAAGUCCCGAUAAUUAACGGGCCCGUAAAGCUGUUUUGGUUUACAAGCAAGAUAGAGGAUUCAAUAGUUUUGCAUCUAACAUGAUAAAACUAUCAGUUAAUGAAACAACGUACAUGGAAUUGUUUGCUAGCCAGGACCCGCGCUCUUAUUCUUUAUAUUUCGAUUUGAAAUUUGAUUUCGGGCCCGAAAAGUUAACGGGACUUUCGGGAAACGGGUCCCAGACCAAUACUCAGAGUCUUCAAAUAACUGAGAAACAAAGGUACUCCUUUACACUAGGCGUCGAUACCUUUGUGUGUCUCCCGUCUCCAGCUAGAGACGUAAAAAUGCUCCCAAUUACUACGUACGUGCUAAAUAAAUUAAAACUCAAAUAAAGGGCAUGGCAUUCUUUUAAAGUAUAUGUAGCUAACGCUAUUCACGUGACCCGGUGACGCCAUGAUUGGAAAUUUCCGCCAUCUUGGAUUUUAUUUCGCCAGCUUACAAAUCUCCCAUAAUGCACCUUAUUUGUUCCCCAAAAUUUGGCACAACCUUGGAUUUUUUCAUUUCUCCUGGGUAUUACAGCCGUCCCAAGAGAAAUUGAAAACAAUAGAGAGAUUAAGAUUCACGUUUACGGCAUACGGCAAACGGCAAACGUCAGUUGAAAAUUUCUCAGAAUAGAAAAUAAGCAGAUAAAAACAGUCCAGAACGAUUCUUGUGGACAAAACUGUCAUAAAACUACUUAUUUUAGUGUAGAAGCAAUAAACAGUAAACGAAAAACAAGGGGAAAACUUGGUCACGUGGUACAAAUUCACGUUUGCCGUUUGGCGUAAACGUGAAUCUUAAUCUCUCUAAUGCUUAUGCAAACUUUUGGGGGGCAAAUUGUAUUGUGGGAAAUAUGCGAGUGGCGAAUUCUGUCAAAAAAGCGACAAGGGGACAAGGUUAUUCAAAGUUAAUUUUUUUGAAAAAAAUGUUUUUAAGUUAUACAAUCUAUUUUGGCGACAACGACUUUCUAAAAGUCUUGGGCAACACAAGCUGUUUCUCAUGAAAAUGUCACUUACAAAAAGUUUACAAGCUGAAAACACUUAAAUCGUGCAUGGAUAUUUCCUUCUGAUAUUCAUUUUUUAUGAAAACAUAAAAAUCAUAGGUGAGACCACGGCGAUCAACUUCAGAGAAACCGUGGCUCAGCAUGAAAAGGCGGAUUCCAUGAAGGAGUUCCAGCACCUCAUGUUCCAGUGGAAAUCAAGAGGUAAUUAAAAAUAAUUAGCAAAUACUGGAUGAGGCUGCCGGGCUAUGUUCUCACUAAAACUAUACCGCAUAGGGCUUCCGUUUACACAUAAGUAUAGUGAUUGUAACGUGAUUUCUAUGACGGCGCAAAGCAUGAAAAUACUGAAAUUUUAAAAUUUUGUAACUUACCAGUAAUUAACUCACCGUGAUAACUCACGGCAAAUAACUCACGACAUUGGCGGACCCGUUCGGACCGCAGCGAGAGUGAACAAGUAGGAGUAAGGACUGGAAUCCACUAAGAAGGAAGUAAAUAUUCAGUGUUCCUGAAAGGUCGGUUAGCGCUAAUCUAUGGUUAAAAGUUUGUUCUGUUUUGUAUUUUGCCUCCCUAUGUACUGCAUAGAGUAACAUUUUGUGUUAUCAUAACUGUAUCUCGUAGAAGAGGCUCAACAGUAUUUGUAAACUUGAAUUGCAUGUUCUUAGACAAGAAAACCUUGCUCAAAAUUUGGCUUAAUUCUGAGUUAAACUUAAUCAUCUUUUAAGGAAAAAGGCCCAGGAGCGAGGACUGGGAUUAAGAGCACCAAGCCCUCUCGGCCAACUACUCCGGCACGAUGUUCGAUGUGUGUGAACGACUUGUUCCAGUUCUGUGCCGUUGCUGAUUAUACUAAUACCGUGAGAUAGCUAGCUUAUCGUGUCAGCACGAACAGCUGUCCGGUAAAGUGUGAACGUAUAUAUAGCCUGAGUAUGAUAUAAGAGCGGAAACGCUCUAAGAGAUCUGCAUAAUUCCUCAUUGAAUUCGAAAGCCGAAUCCAAUAAUUGUUUUACUAUUCGUUCAAAAUAUUUCCGACUUACCUUGAUCUAGUAUGUAAAAUUCUCGUCUUCAUAACAUUCGCCUGCUCCUCGCUCAGCUUAUAAAGAGAUGGUUAUUGAAGCAGGCUUUCUUUAAAUAGCAGUUGUCAUCUGCUGAGAGGUGUUUGCUUUUCGGCCAUCUUAACAACAAUGACCUCAAGCUACGCUCUCGGUCAUUACUUGUAAGAGGGACUCAGAGCUAAGGCAUCAUCCUGUAUAAAAUUUUCAGAAACGAAGACCCGUGUCCCAGGGGAAGGAGAAUUUAUAGGCGUUCCUGGCGAGCUAAGAGGUUUUGAAUUAGCCUGGAAAAAAUAUGGCAGCAUGCCCUGGAAAGAUCUGUUUGAUCCUGCUAUCAAGAUUGCCUCUGAGGGUUUCAAAGCCACGCACACAAUUAUUUCCGCUGUGGAAAAGAAUGCGGCCAAUGUAUCAAAUGAUCCUGGCCUUAGGUGAGUGAGAUAUACAUUAGUUUGACCAUACAUCACCCGUCCAGGCAUCUAAGCCGCCAGAACUAGCCUGGUUGUAAAGAGACUUGCCAUUAUAUAUAAACCCGGACUAACCCAACUAGAUCAGUCUUAACCCAAAUGGUGCGUACAGCAGUGAUAGGUUUUAGAUAAUAUUCACGAAAAGGCCAUCUUACAUUUCAUUUUCAAAAUGAGUAGUUUGAACGGCCAGUUUUAACUUAUGGAAAGCUUCCUCCACGUUACGUUAAAUAAUUCUUUGUCGAGCAUCUCAGAAAUGGAUUGAACUGUGAUAGCUAUUGUCUUCUAUUUACUCAUUUGGUUUUCUGUUGUUAGACCUUUAUUGAUUGUUUUGUUAAACGAAAUUUUCUUAAAAGUACCAUUAUAUUAAUUAAAAAUGUACAUGCAUAAAAAUUAAACUUUCUUGUGACUACAGAUGAGAAUUUUGCAAUUGAAACACGAGAAAACUUCUAAUUAUGACGCACGCACAGUAAAUUUCAAGAAUAUUGAACGAUUCAUGAAACUACUGUGUCAGUAAAGCAUUGUGAUAUUCUCUAGCGGGACCAGGCAAGCUUAAACACCUAGAGCUAUGGGUCAAACAUGAAGUUUAACGCCUCUAAGUGUAAAGUGUUAACAGUCACACCGAAGACUGCAUGAGGCCUCUAUCGAAAUUGCCCGUGCCACCGCUUAUAAUUUACACCUUAAUUACUGUAUUUUCCUUUUUUUCAUUAGAUUUCACCGUUUAACUAUUACAUUUUAGCUACCGCGUUAAGAGAAUUUUUUUUGAUGUGAAGUAUAUAUGAAAUAAUUCAUUUUUGAACUGCUUUUGUAGAUGAAAGUGGAGAAUGAUAAUCGCAGUAAAUUUUCCAAUUUAAGCAAUAGGAAAGAAGAAGCCUGAAAUAAAACCGGGGCUUCAACGGGAGUCGAACCAGUGACCUCCGCGUUUUUUUUAGAUUUUGCUUAGCAUGGGAUGGCGCUCCGCAUAGGUCACGUGUCCCGUUCGCGCUAUUCCCCUUUGGUCUAUUUCAAGCUCGUAUUUGUCUUGUUUUUAUUUAUUUGUUAUUAUUAGUGUUUCUUUUUAUUGUUUCUAUUUAUUAAGUCUUCUGGCAUUGAAUCGCCUUCUUUCUCCUUUUUAGCGAGUUAUUUAGGCCAAAUGGUAAAUGGAUAAAGAUGGGCGACCUAAUAAAACGAACAAAAUAUGCAAAAACUCUGGAGAAGAUUGCCAAGCAUGGCGCUGAUCUUUUCUAUACUGGAAAAAUGGCAAAGCAGGUAAGAAUUUAUGAUAACACCAGCUUUUUCCCCUCUUACAGUUUAUAGGCACAAGAAUACCGUUAAAGCCUUUGUGUUGGUCUUCUUGUAAUACGCGCGCAGGUUCGCGCAGCGUUCUAAGUUUUGUAAGUUACAAUUUACACAGUCGCUUGCGGCUUAAACCCAGAUAAGUAACCUUCUCCGAAGGAAUCUGGUACCCAGGCCAGUUUUCGGCCUCGCCGACAAGAGAUCUGGGUACGAGAUUAACUCCAAAGGCAAGUUAUAAGCUAUUAUCACUCUUUUUAUCCUAGUAAAAGCCUUGAUAGCCUUCGUGGCAGGCGUUUGGGUUUUGUCGCGCUUUCGUUCUCCACGAACGCCCGUGAGAAAGGAACGCCCGACGAAACCCUAAGACCGCCUGCGAGGGAGACUAGGCAGGCAUUCGAAAGGAAUGGGAAGCGGGGACUGAAUUUUUAGCGGGCGAGGGGGAGGAAAGGAAACCCUUCUCCCCAUGCAGCGGGCAUUCGCACGCAGGAAAGUGCUUCGAUCGCGUACAACUAGAAGAUGUUUCAGGUGGGUUUAUACAAUCUUACAGCAUGUUGUUACCUUUUAACCCUCGGUAUGACCCUCGGUAUGACGAGUACGAAAAAGGGACUUGACUCGCAAUUCAAACCAUCAUUCACCAGCAAAAUUCUUUUUACGCGACUAGAAAGCAUUGCCUACAAUUCCACAGAGCAAGAAAGUCGUUACAGAAUUGUCUUGUUGAUAGGGACGCCCCUGAUUUUCUGUAUCUUACAAACACUUCGUGUCAAGUCGUGUGGCUGCACGGCUUGCCUGUUCCAUACAGUACUCCUCCUUGCCGCGAAAAUACUCUCAAAGGAAAGAACGCACGAAUAUAUUCUUUAUUAAGACCUAACGAAUUUAUGGAUUAUGCAGGUGGUCAAGGACCUUAAAUCCGUUGGUUCGACGAUAUCCUUAGAAGACAUGAAAAAUUACAGAGCGAGAGAAGUCAAGGCAGUGGAGUCUGACCUUCCAGGGGUGAAAGGAUUCAAAGUUUAUACCGUCCCACCCCCGGCAGGUGGAGUGGCAUUACUAAACAUUUUGAACAUUCUUAAAGGUAUGUUUUCAUCUUUUUCAAUGCGCUGGUGGAUUUUCAGUUUCAGCUUCUAUUAUUGUUGCAAUAUUCACAUUUAUAAAAUAACAAAGAUAGUACGCGCGUUCUGAUUGCCUUAAAACCUUUGGCUUAUUGUGCCGGUAAACUCAUAGUUUUACUUAAAGUUAUUUUAUAAAAGCAAUAGACCACACUUCAGGGGCACCCAACGAGAAUAUAGUUCAAAACCACAUAAACAUAGCAUUGUUGAACGUACUUUAGUAUUUAAACAGUAGAUAAAGGCUUAUUUUUAUCCCCUAAAAAUUUUUCAUCUGUUCGGAUUACCUAGCUGAAAGUAUAGUGAUCCGAAAAUUAUAGGGAUCAAAAUCUACUUUUCCGAAAAUUUCAGCCAGAAAAAAGGCUCCCGAAAAUUCUAGGUGACCUUUUUAGGGUAAAAAUCCGUUAAAAAUGGGCAAUUAUACCAUUUUUUUGAUGUUCGAAAAUCCUAGGAGAAGCAGGCAAGCAAGAAAUUUUACAGAAAAUGAUCCGAAAAUUCUAGAUCUCAAAUCGUCUUCCGAACAGAUAAUUUUCCGAAAAUUGUCGUUGGGUGCCCCUGACACUUUCUAUGGGUUUACACACGAAAAGCUUGUCGCCUUCGUCUCGUGAUUUUCAUGCUUUUCUCGUGUUCUCCCAACAUCGAAUAUCCCCGUAGGUUAUCACGCCGGUAAACUCGUAGAAAGUGUGGUCUAUUGCUUAAAAUUAAAAAUUUAAUAGCCUAAAUAAUAUAUAUUGCAAUAUGUACAACAAAGAAAAAACAAGGGACUACAAAUUAAAGUAAAAUGAAUAAAAUGUAUGCAGGGAGCAAAGUACCUUUGCCUCAGCCUGAGCUGGCCAUUGCCACGAAAAGUGCAAAAUGCUAAGUGCAAAAUGUUUGCAUUUUAUCUGCUUGGCAUUUGGAGGGCCUUGAAUUAGUACAAAAUUAGGAUUUAAGGUUUUCAGAUUGAAGAAAAACUUUAAACGGUAAACAGGGAUAAGGAUUUAGUACUGUAAAAUGAGAUUUUUACUCCCGCCUGUCGUCAGAAUGUUCCAUUUUGGGGAGGAAAAGCCUUAAGUCUAAUCUAUUUUUUGGUACGUUUAGGAUAUGCUUUAGUGCUCCCCAGUUUGAAUUGAGUACAAGAUUAAGCGAUUCCUUUUACAAAUCACAGACAAUUGCAGCAAUUAAAAACAAUUACAACCCAGCUAUCUUCUGUCCUUUUUACCGUAUUAUUUAGCUGGCCUUGGCAAGCUGUUAGCAAUUCCUUUGACAAAGGCGGGUAAUAGAAUUGUCUUAUGUUACCCUAGACUGCUUGCAGUCUGGCUUUGCUAUUCAAGUAAAAAUCUGUCUAGUUCUUAUCGCAGCCAGCGCGACAGCAAAUAACGACGUCACGAUAAGAAAAAUUUUUGGAUUGAGCGGUAGAAAUGACUGUACGCUGAAUCGUCUAUUAUUUGCGUUCAUUAACAGGGUUCAAAUUUGGUCCAGAGGACAUUAAAGAACGGCCUGAACUAACGUACCACCGCAUGAUUGAAGCAUUCAAUUUUGCAGCUGCAAAGGAAACUUACCUCACUGAUCCACUAUUCAGCGACAAGACGGAUCAGGUAAAAGAUCAACUGAUCAUUUGAAAUCAAACAGUUCUAAUUCUCUAUUUUCACAUAUACCAUAAUGCACGUUGUUUACCCCUCAACAUUUUGCAUAACCAUUGUCUUCGAUUUCCCUUGUGACGACUGUAAUACCCAGGAGGAACCUGAUUGGAAACAAUGGUUAUGCAAAAUUUUGGGGGCAAAACAAGAUCGUUGUAGAGCGUUUUCACUCACGUGGCCAGCAUCUAUGCAAAUGUAUUGGAACAAUAGAAAGCGUUUGCAUAAGAAAAGUUCAAAUCCCACAGAAUUGUCUUGGUACACCAACAUGGCCGCCGUUUUAUUGUUGUGGGACACCAAUAUGGCCGCCGUGACGUCAUGUGAAAACACUCUAUAGUCUAUGUGAAUAAGAGGGCCUUAAACAAUAAAGUAAAAACUAGGUUUUGCCUCUUUUAAACAAGAAAAUGAGAUUGUGAGUAACUGGAUCAGUUUUGUUAAUGAUAUAUGAAAUACAGAGUAAAUCAUAUAUGAACUGCGGAAAUGAAAUGAAAAUGAAGAAAUGAUCGUCGUAGUGAACGCAAUUUAUGCAAUUGCGUAAAGAAGCCUGAAAAAGAAAAUUUCCGGACUUAAAGGGGUUUGAACCCGUGACCUCGCGAUUACCACUACAUCAUUUAUUUACAAAUUUGUCAAUCAGCUAGGUAAACUUAACUAACCCAUUCUGAUCCUAUCAGCUGCCCACGCCGCCUAGACGAGUUGGCAGGUUGUCAAAUAUGAAAGUCGCUCUCAACAGUUUAGACAAUAAUGAAAAUACAAUAUAAGUACGUAAGUGUACUUUUCCCGUACAAAUAAAUAUUUUGAGGUUUUUUUGAGGUUAUUACCGGUGCGAUACUCUACCAACUGAGCUAUGAAGCCACUGACGUUGGGAGCAGGUCAAUUGUGGGUUUAUAUGUUCCCGUGAAAGAAAUGAGUGUUAAUGAUAUAUGAAAUGAAUCAAAUAUGAACUGCGGAAAUGAAAUGAAAAUGAAGAAAUGAUCGUCGCAGUGAACGCUAGUUAUGCAAUUGCGUAAAGAAGCCUGAAAAAAAGUCGGUUUUGAUGCCAAUCAUCCAGGUCACCAAAUGUAAUUUUGGUUUUGGAAUGCACAAUUCAGCUCAAAGAAUCCUCCAAAAUCUCGCGAACGAUUGAAAUUCGGAAUCCAAGGCGUAGAAUCCAGAAUCCAAGCCUGUCUUGAAUUACCAUAUAUAGGGCGAACCGUGAUACAUUGGAACUGGACACAAAAAAGCUAAGAAAACAGGAUUUGGACCUCGCAAUUUCCUGCUAUCAAGCCUUUGAGUUCCAUUUAUAACGCAAGAUGUGAUGAAGGGAGAGACUGCAGAUUUUGGCUCACAGAAUGACGCAAGACCAUCAUGUUUAGCAUAUCGGCCAAUAAGAAUCCUCGGUAGACUAUCUACAAUUCUGCGUACAUUCUUGGUGCGUGGAAGGCAAUAAAAAAAAAAUGCUCUUUUUCGGUGUUAAUGUAUUUAGCACUACAGUACUAGUUAAGGACACCAUUCUUAGGUCCCCAACUGGAGACGGGACCGCUAUUUUAUGUGGUUAACCGAGCCACGCGAAGGUCCAGCCGCUUGCAUGGCGAAGACAGUAGUACCUUCAUUUCUCAGUUAUUUUAAGACCCUGAGAAUUGGUCCGACCCCAGCAAUCGAACCCGUGACCUCCCGCUCUGUAGUCAAGCGCUCUACCGACUGAGCUAACCCUGCCGCUUAGUUAUUUCUGUAAGAGAGUGCAGUCUUUAGUCAUUUUUGAGGUUGGGGGAAAUUCAUUUCCACCAGAAUGAUUUUUUUUGUUGCUGAAACAAAGAAGUAAUUGGGAAACUGAUCUAACUACAUUGUUAAAUACUCUGUAAUUAUGGUUAUGAUUGUGAAAAUGAUUGUGAUUGUGAUUGUGAUUGUGAUCGUGAUCGCGAGAUCGCGAUCGUGAUCAUGAUCGUAAUCGUGACCGUGAUUGUGAUCGUGAAUGUGAUCGCGAUCUUGGAAGUCAUCGUAAUCGUGAUUGUAAUUGUGGUCGUGAUCGUGAUAGUGAUGGCGAUUGCGAUUGUGAUUGUGAUUGUGAUUGUGAAUGUGAUUCCGAUAUGAUUAUUUCUGCUCAAAUUCAGGUCGUUGCGGAGAUGGUUAAUCCUGAAAAGGGAGAGAAGAUUCGCCAACUUAUUGACGAUAAAUCUCACUCAGAUGACUACGACUACUACGGCCCGAUAAACUAUCACAUUGACGUCACAGAUGGCACUACUCACUUGUCCGUCCUGGAUAAAGAAGGGAACGCUGUUUCCUUGACAACAUCAAUAAACAAAUAGUAAUUACAAAUUAAUAAAGUAGUAAUAAGCAAAUGUUACGGAGAGAGGGCGACAAUGAAAGAAGGUCAAAACGCUUUUGCCCCAACGCGCGCUGCUGUGCUUUGCGCAAGUUUCACGUGAUCAUCGGAUGGUCAAAACACGCGUGAUCAAAUAGCGUUCUGUGCAUUUCAUUCAUUCUUAGUGGGAGUCCAAACGAAUACUGGCUACAUACAUGCGACGCAUGCGUAAUAACAACCUUGAGAUUAGGAUUGCGGGCUCCCCUGGUCGCCCGCAAUAAUGAUAAGAAGAAGAAGAAGAAAAAGAAGAAUAACGGUUUAGUUCCAUUCUAUUCCUUUCAACAUCAGAUUUAAACCAAAAAAAUGCAUGUUUUAAACCAAACUUGUUGGUAUUCUCACAGGCGGCCAAGGCUCUGUGGGAGUUCGGGGCAGCCCACAGAGCCAGGGCUGCCUGUGGUAUUCUAGGGCCCAUCAAGUCCUUGUAACGGAAAUUUGACAACAACGUUGUCCCAGUUAUCUCAAACACUCCCCAUGUUUUUUAUAUGUGGCAGCUACUACUUUCUGCGCUGACAUUCUUUUUAUUUCUCACUUUUUCUUGCAGUUUCGGUGCUAAAAUAAGAAGUACGAAACUAGGGAUUGUUUACAAUGACCAACUCUGGGAUGCGGUUAAUUUGUGGGUAAAUGAAUUUCAUCUGGAACCAGAUACUAUGAAGCCUCGGAAGAGACCCAUGUCUCUUGCUUCGCCAUCCAUCAUCGUAGAUGAAAAAGGAAAUGUAAGAAUGGUGAUUGGUGCGGCCGGAGGAAAAUACAUCGCCACAGCUUUGGCGCAGGUACAUAAACACAUCUAUCAAUGUCUGAAAACACCUUUCUCCCAAGUCACAUGAGCAAGGACUUAAAAUUAAAAUUGCCAGAAAUCAGUAGCAAGUCUGCUUACAUGUCAGGAAAUUUGUGGGAUAGUUUAAUCAUUGUGGCCGGGCAGAAGGUUAAACCGCGGAGCAAAACCGGAGUUCUUAAAUGGCCAACGGGGAAAACGUAUGCGAUAUCUGAAUAAAAGAAAAGCUUGUUAUGUGACAAAAAUAUCAAUGUAUUUGAGUGAUCUCUCAGUUUACCCUUUGAAGGUUAUUGCGAAGUAUUUACAUCACUGUAGGCAUAGACUCUUUUCAUGUAUUCAGAACGAGAUUAACGAAGUUUAAACACGCAGUCACAAUGGCAUCUGCACGCCGUUUUUGACACUGUCCGUGAAUGUUUGAGCAAUAUAGUCUGCGAAAAGUGGAUGUAAUUUAAGCCGCAACAGUUAUUUAAUCAUCAAAGUUUAACCACGUAUAACAUGUUUGAGGAGCGUAUAAACUAAAAGUGAGUCACGAAUUUCACUGUCUUUAAGACUAAUUUUAUUUUUUUUGCUAAUAUAGCCAUUUUGGAUACUCUAUUAAAUUGCAGGUUUUGAUGAAUUAUUAUUGGUUUGGAGACAGUCUGAAGGACGCGGUAUCGAAACCACGCCUACACAGUCAGCUUUUCCCUAAUAUGGUAUUAGUCGAACCAAAUUUCCCUCAAGAUAUCAUCAGGGGACUGAGGAAAUAUGGACACAAGCGCAUCACAAAUGAUACCACGUUAUUUACCGGUAAAUAAUUCCUUUGCCUACCUUUUGCAUACUUUAGACUUUUUUUGUGCACUUACACUCUUGUGAGCCAAUUUCACGAGUGCUUUUAGCUUUUUUAGAAGUUAAAAGUCUUAAAAGACUUUUCUGGUGGAUUCCAGGUAGGAUUUUGGCAAUCACGUAAUUUACUACACUAUGCAAAUAAAAUAGCUAAAAUAGAUUCAAUGUAACAAAUAGUGGUAAGGAAACCUUUAUGAAACCACGGGGCUUUUAUAACAUUAAGGGUUCCCCACAGAAGAGACAAAAAGGGUAAGGAUCAGACAAAAAAGCACUGCGCGGUUGGUCUAAAUCCGAAUUUAAGCUCUGAAAGUUGCUUAUUUUAAGGUAAGGAACUUUUUUAGUCUAUUAUACUUUUUUUAACUUGCAUUCGCCUUACGUCAUCCCAGAUUAUUGAAUUUUUUACGUUUAAGGGAGUGGCUCUUGCUUGGAGACGUUGUGUCUCUAAAGACCUCCAAAGGAAAACUUCUAUGAUAUCUCAUUCUUUGCAGCUUAUAACUGGCUAAAAAAGUAAUGAUAAAUUGAGUAUAACAACUCAAACCACGGUUCGGUGUCCUUUAAUUGUAACUUUAUUUUGGAAAACACUUACGAUCUCUAUCGCAUUUAGGAACACCGCUACAAAUAAUGGGCGUUGUUCAGCUUGUUGUUCGAGAGGACAACGGAGAGCUACUGGCACUAGCUGACUAUCGCAAAGGAGGAGUCGCGGCAGGUUACCGCUGACCGAACACAAAUCUUAGUGG